GAACCUUGUGUUUUUUUGGACUUCUCGCUGUUCUCGACGACCUUUAUGGUGAUGAUGCUCGCUGGAGUGCCAUUCUUCUACUACUUCAUGAAUUCUCCAAUGACCUCUAAGGCCUCCACAUUGUUGAGCACCGCCAUCGCUUUUGGGAUGGCCAUGACAUUGCUGCAGACUGUGGGGCUGGUGGGCAUUGUCAAGAUGAAGUGGCCAGAGUAUAUGGAACCCUUGAUGGACUUCGCUUCACUUUUCAUGUUGGAUUUGCGGGCUUUGAAUUUGAGCUGUUGGGGCUUCAAACCUUUCAUGUCCUACAUCAACAGUGUACUUCUUUGGCCAGGAGCCUUGCUUUGGCUGUCUCUUUGCGGAGCAAUUUCCCGGCUUCUGCCUCUCAAGUAUCACUUUGAAAGGGCCAAGGCUCUUAGCACCGGCGGGCAGAUCUUUCAAAUCGGCUUCACCAUUAUGUCCAAAACGGCUUUGCUGCCCUUCAUGUGUUACACUCAUCCAAACGGCAAGUCGAGCGUGCUGGAACUGAGUGAUGUGAUUUGCUGGGAAUCCGAAGAACACAUCAUCAUGGUGAUCUUCGGGGUGUCCAUGGUGGCUGUCAUGUGCAGCUACUGGGUUUUCUUGCUGUUCCUCACAUGCAUUGCCCCGGCGAAGUCAAAAGAUGAUGAUGGCACUUUCUUCAAGACCAGCCGGUUUCUCUUCUUUCGUUUCCGCCCCGACUAUUGGUGGUAUGGCACCUGCUUGAUCUUGCGCGGACCGAUGCUGGCCGUCCCCAUGGCCGUCUUCACGGAUUUGCCACAGGUGCAACUCUUCGUGAUGACUGCGGUCUUGGAGACUCGGCAUAUGGAAGAUGGCUCGGUUAUGAGCAUGCUACUCAUUUUGCUUCUGUCAGUUGCCUCGGCAUUCCUUGAUCCUUUGGAGGGAGACGUCCGAGCUGCCUACUCGGCGUUGGCAGGCGUGCUCCUUGCAAGUCUCUACUCAGUGACGUUUAUUUUGCUGGUUAUGGUCUUGACUGCCUUCUUUCACCGCGCUGCCAUGGGAAGUCAUGAUGAACUGGCCGUUUUGACGCUUGGCAAACCUCCAUCAACCACUGCCCUGCUUCAAGGGUUGAGUGCCCUAUGCGAGGCAAUUGAGGAGGUGGACGUCGAAUUCUUGGUCCAAACCAUUGAUGAAUUCAACGUCUACGACCGAAGGAUGUUGGCCAACGUGUUGACCACCGUGGCACCAUACUUUGACAAUGACCAACGUAUGCGCUUACUGAACCAGAUGCGCAUCUCAUCGGUCUCAUUGUCCACUUACACCAGUGAGAGGGACAGCCGAAACCGUAUCUCCAGCUCCACGGCUCGAUCGGAUCGCACCAACUCGGAUGACAAGGGUGGCGACAUGUUCAAUAGCUCGAUAGCAGAUCACAGCCGGAAUGCCAAUGUCGAAGAGGAGCCAGAAAAGGGGGUCGAAGAGGUGCGGCUCUCAGUCCCUGUUCAAGACCCGGAGGAACGCGAGGAACGCUCAGCGCCCUCAUUUGAGGCCCACAAUCGAGUCCAUUUUGCUGAAACUUUCAGGACAAUGGAGAUCUGAAAUCAGAGCUCGACAUUGGACUGAAGAGAAGCAAUGUGAAUUGCUGGGGAACGCACGAAUCCUCCGACGGUUGCAUGUGAUCAUGCCCAGCUGCGCACAGAUUUUUUGCUGGAAUUCUUUGUCGCAGGAUCUGCGUGGAGCAUUUUUUGCCUCCAGGAUCCAGCCAAUGCACCCGGAAAAUGU